AUGAGGGAGAGAGCAGUGUACUGGCUCAAGAAGACAGAGAAGUGGGGAACCAAGGAUGCCCUUUUCACGAUCCUGAAUGACCUCAGACCCCAGGAUCAUUUCAAUAUAAUUGGAUUUUCCAACCAUAUCAAAAUGUGGAAGGACCAUUUGGUGUCUGUCACUCCCAACAACGUCAAAGACAGCAAGGUCCACAUUCACCAAUCACCCUCUGGAGGCACAGACAUCAACAGGGCCCUGCAGAGGGACAUCAUACUGCUCAAUGACUAUGUGGCCCACCACAGCUUUGAGGAUUGCAUCGUGUCCCUGGCCAUCUUCCUGACAGAUGGGAAGCCCACUGUGAAUGAGACCCACACCCUCGAGGUCCUGGACAACACCCGAGAGGCCACCAGGGGCCGCGUCUGCAUCUUCACUGUGGGCAUCAGGGAUGACGUGGACUUCAGGCUGCUGGAGGAGCUGUCCCUGGAGAACUGCCGGUUCACGUGGUGCGUCCAUGAGGAUGAGGAUGCCAGUGCCCAGCUCAUCAGGUUCUACAACAAGAUCAGGACCCAUCUCCUCUUGGACAUCUGCAUGGAUUAUCUGCCCAACGUGGUGGAACAGGUCACCAGGACCAUGUUGUUCCCCAAUUACUUCAAAGGCUCAGAUAUCAUUGUGGCGGGAAAGCUGGUGGACAGGGCGAAGGACCGGUUGAACGUGGAGAUCACAGCCAGCAACAAUAAGAAGUUUGUCAUCCUCAAGAAGGAUGUCCCUGUGGAGCCCUGGUGGGUGGGGAGUGAUGUCCCCAGGGGCCCUGGGCCCAAAGGUGGCAGCCAGGAGGACCCCAACCAGAGCUCCUGGCUGCAGAGUGACCACGAACAGGAGAGGGACCCGCUGAGGUGGAAGGCACAGGCCCUGGCAGUGGCCCGGCGCUUCCUCACACUGUUCACCUUAAUGAACCUGAGGGGCACCAUAGAACACACCUCGGAGGCCACCUACGGCCUGGCCGGCAUGUCAACAGCCACGGGGCCCAAACCAGUGAUGCAGAGCCUGUGGGGUGACCACCUGCAGCCAGGACCUGCUCUCAAGAAACCAAACAGCCCAAGAAUUAAAAUCUCCAAAACAUCAGGUCAGUUCCUGAACCAGGAGGCCAGUCUCACCAAGGAGGCUGCUGGGCUUGGCAAGAACCCUACAAAUCCUCCAGUCCCCACAGGGUGGGAAGGAGGUCUGAGUCUGUCCCAGUGGUGUGGAAGCAGAAGAAAAUCUACAACAGGGAAGAGCAGGUGGACUGCUGAUUUGCCCGGAACAAUGCUGACAACCUUAUUGAUGGGGAGUACAAGGACUACCUGGCAGCCCGUCCCUUUGACUCAGAGACCACCUUCCACCCCGGCACACCCUGGAGUCUCUGACACCAGCAGCCUUAACACUAGGGUGCAUGACAGGGAAGCAUCAUCCGGGACCCCAUGGUGUGGUUCUUGUCACUUGCUGGUGUCUGGUCUCCUAGCAGGUGGCCGCCACCUGUGUCCCACCCCUGGUGGGCAAGGAGGUCUGCCAUCUGCAUGA